AUGAAAAAAGACCCCCAGUACAGCCAGUUAUUUGCUCCCUAUUAUAAAGAGAGUAAAGUGAUUAGAUUCAAGGGAAUAAAAGAAAAGGACCAAACCUUCCAGUUUGAUGACAAGGGUUGUCUACUUUAUUAUGACCCUGAACUUAUCACAGAGAACCGAAACGGAGAUAUUAUUGUUUCCGAUAGGUUAAGCUAUCUUAGUUUUGAACGAUCAUUUCUAGUUGUGAUAGACCGAAAUGGAAGAUAUUGCUUCAGCUACUAUGGAUCACAAUACGAGCCCCGACUGGAACUAGACAUGUGGGGGGUUUGUACAGAUGCACUGUCAAACAUCCUUAUAGCUAACCAAAAUCCUAGCACAGUGCAUAUGAUUAACAAAGAUGGCAAAUUCCUUUCCUUGCUACUGACAACGGAACACGGUUUAAGUGGUCCAUGGGGUCUCAGUUACGACGAUAAAUCUCAUCUUCUGUGGGUUGGAUCUAUUAACGACAACAGGUUGUGUGUGUACAGAUAUAUCGAAAGACAGAAUCACUCUGUAUAA